AUGGUGACCGGCAGACCCCGCCCCCUCCGCGGCGGGAGCGCCGCGGCUCUAUGGUGCUUCUCGCCCGCUAGAGAGGACGGGGGUGGUCUUUCCCUCCGCCGCUCUAUGCUGCGCGAGGCGCUGUCCCUCCCUUCCAGGCGGAAGCGGUCCCGCUCCCCCAGCCCACGGACUAUCGCGACAGCCAGCCCCCACGUCGCGAUUAAUUCCGGCGGCAGGGGACAGCUCUACUUCCGGUGCUGGCCGCGGCCCCUUCCGCCCUGCGGCGCUGGGGCGUGUCUAGCCGCGGCACCUCCCGCGCUCUAUGGUCCCCGCCGUUCCCAGUCUCCUCAGCGGCGGCGGCCGGAGCCGGGAGGAGCGCGGCGGCGGCGGCGGGUGCGGGCCUGGGUCUGGGCCUGUCCUGCCCCGGGCCUGCCCUGCCCUGCGCUGCCCGCGGCCUUCGCGGCAGCCAUGGAGCUGGAGGUGCCCGAGGAGGCGGAAGGCUCGGCCGUGGCGGGUGCCGGUGCCAUCACCCCGGAGGCCGGCGUGGGGGGACUGGACGCGGCAGGAGGUCUGGCACCGAAGAAGGCAGCCAUCACCGAGGGACCAUCACUACCGGGACAGCCUGGCCAAGGAAAGAAGAUAGGUCAUCGAGGCGUUGAUGCUUCUGGUGAAACCACCUACAAAAAGACCACCUCAUCCACUCUGAAGGGGGCCAUCCAGCUAGGGAUUGGUUAUACCGUUGGCAAUCUGAGCUCCAAGCCAGAGAGAGAUGUCCUGAUGCAGGACUUCUAUGUCGUGGAGAGCAUUUUUUUCCCAAGCGAAGGAAGUAAUCUCACCCCAGCUCACCAUUAUGCUGACUUCAGGUUCAAGACCUAUGCACCAGUGGCUUUUCGGUACUUCCGAGAACUCUUUGGGAUUCGUCCAGAUGAUUAUUUGUAUUCAUUAUGUAAUGAGCCUCUGAUAGAGCUGUCGAACCCUGGUGCCAGCGGCUCCCUCUUCUAUGUCACUAGCGACGAUGAAUUCAUCAUAAAAACUGUGAUGCACAAGGAAGCUGAAUUCCUACAGAAGCUCCUUCCUGGCUACUACAUGAAUCUGAACCAGAAUCCACGGACGCUGCUGCCGAAGUUUUAUGGACUGUACUGUGUGCAAUCAGGGGGCAAAAACAUCCGCGUCGUCGUGAUGAACAACAUUCUGCCUCGCGUGGUGAAAAUGCACCUGAAAUUUGACCUGAAAGGCUCGACCUAUAAACGGCGGGCAUCCAAGAAGGAAAAAGAAAAGUCCAGCCCUACGUACAAGGAUCUAGACUUCAUACAAGACAUGCCUGAGGGCCUGAUGUUGGAUGCAGACACCUUCAGUGCAUUGGUGAAAACGUUGCAACGAGACUGUCUGGUGUUGGAAAGUUUUAAAAUCAUGGACUACAGCCUGCUGCUUGGGGUUCAUAACAUAGACCAGCAAGAACGGGAGCGGCAGUCUGAGGGAGCCCACAGCACGUCGGAUGAGAAGCGUCCUGUGGGGCAGAAGGCACUUUACUCCACGGCCAUGGAGUCCAUCCAGGGUGGGGCUGCCCGGGGGGAGUCCAUAGACACAGAUGACACGAUGGGAGGAAUACCAGCAGUGAAUGGCAAAGGAGAGCGUCUCCUGCUACAUGUAGGAAUAAUAGAUAUCCUUCAAUCGUACAGGUUCAUCAAGAAGCUAGAACAUACCUGGAAGGCCCUUGUCCAUGACGGGGACACGGUGUCAGUACACAGACCCAGCUUUUAUGCAGAGAGAUUCUUCAAAUUCAUGACCAACACGGUGUUUCGAAAGAAUUCCUCUCUGAAGUCAUCUCCCUCAAAGAAAGGGCGUAGUGCCUUGCUAGCUGUCAAGAUGGCUGGUCCAACAGCUGCAUUUUCAGCUAGCCAGCUUCCCUCUGAAAAGGACGAAACACAGUAUGAUCUUCGUGCGGCCAGGAGUUACCCCACACUUGACGAUGAAGGUGCUAAACUUAACCAGGACAGGGGAGAAGCAGGCAGGCCAGACCUGCUACCUUGCACACCACCUUCCUUUGAAGAAGCUACCACAGCCUCCAUAGCCACGACACUAUCUUCAACAUCUCUCUCUGUUCCCGAGCGAUCCCCUUCGGAGACCUCUGAGCAGCCCAGGUACAGGAGGCGCACACACUCCUCAGGGCAGGAUGGCAGGUCACACGAGGAGGUGCGGGUUGAGGAGGAGCUUCAGCAGAUCAGUGUCGAGCUGGAGCCCAAGUGUGAUGUUGAGAUCGUAGCUCCCGAAGAAGAUGACAAAGAAGAGGCAGCUUCUUCAGCCUGUGCCAUUGUAACAUCCACAGCUACAAUAGAGGUGGAGACAGCCAGCCAGGCCUCCGAACCAGCCAGCCAGGCCUCGGAUGAAGAUGAUGUGCCAGUCACAGACAUAUACUUUUUCACAGAUGGGAGGUACUGGAUUUACUCUCCCCGCCAGCGCAGACUCCGAACCACCUCGCUUUCCUCUGGGAUUCCGACAGACGAGAGGAGUUGGGUUUACUCCCCGCUCCACUAUAGCGCUCAACUCCACUCUGUCUCCGAUGAGGAGAGCGAUACAUAAUCUCUAUGCAGACACAGAAGCCCCAGAGAGCAGCGAUUCCCUCUGCAGGUCGAUGUGUUCCCUUUUCGUUGAUGCAGCCGUUCCAGUGGGAUGGGGAAGAGCUUGCUGACACCAGUACUGCUGCACUGCAGGAUCCCGGGCACUGCAUUUCAGAACGGAGCAAAACUAUAACCAUGUAUUUCUACUUAUCCCAGACAUGGGCAGCAAAGAAACCACCCGCUCACCUGCAGCUCCCAACGGAGACAUCCAGCUGGGUGUAGAGAAUCCUGGGUAGUAACACAGUUUUCCAGAUGUGCACUACCGUAGCUACCUAUCCAUGUGUGAUACUGUGAACCUUUUUAAUUUUUUGAUCAUGUAUUUAUUUCUUUUAUCUUUGCACAGAGACAGCACAAAUGUGCUUUUUUAAAUAUUUAGUUUACUGCACUUUUUUUUUUUUUUUUUUUGGUUGUCAUAUAUUUGUGCAUCAGAAAGGAGUGUGAGACCUCACUGGAGAAUUGGUAGGAACACGUUGCUGGGGAGGGCAGGGACCGGAGUGGCUUCAUUUGAGGCAGCAGCGUGGUCUAACCAACUGAUGGAGUCAGGAGGUUUAAGGCUGUCCAGACUCUGCCACGGUUUUGCCGAGUGACCUAAGGCAAGUCACUUAACCACUCUGUGCCUCGGUUUCCCCCGUGCUAAUGGGUGUACAGUACCCACUUCCGUUAAAGCACUUAAACCCUGGGAUGAAAGGUGCUAUGUAAAUGCAAUGUAUUAAAGGCCAUUGAAUAGAAUUGCUCCCAUGUUAACAGUAGUCCAAAGUAGCCAUGCCAAUUUACUUGGAUUCAAAAAUUGCUAGUGACUUCUCUUGGUCUGUAACACUGUGCGGGGGAAGCAAACGAUUCCUGGCGCCAGUGACGUGGUCACGUCGGCUCUCCUCCGGACAUCACAAUGGGUUCUGCCUUCACCAUGUGCUGCGCUGCUGCAUCACCCUGUCCCUCUGUGCUUGGAGUCCACGCUUCAUCUUACCGGCUGCAGUACCGCCGCCUGCUCCAGACACACAGGCAUGGACAGAUGAGAACUGUGCACCUCCAGGGACGAGCCAUGCUGGAGUGCGAGUUCCCCAGUCUGCCCGGCCCCAGGUGUGGCUUGUCCGGACACUACAUCCUACUGGAGCCACGUAGCACCUCGCAUGCUCAUGGGUGUAUCCAACGCCCGGUACUCGGGGGUCACGAACAUUGGGUUCACACGUAUCCUCCGUACCUCAGGGCAGUCAGGGAGGCAUGUGCAUGUCCGCACACACUGGAGGGAGAAACAGAAGCCUGGCUCUGCCACCUAAUUGUGCCAGGCGGUGUUGUGUUCAUGGACUCUGUUGGACAAAACGUUGGGUGACUGUGAUGUUGCCUGUGGUAACAUCUGCUAUUGGAAAUCACUGCUUUGGAUGUCUGAGAUGGUUUGCUUUUUGAGGGCUGCAGGCUUUAUGUGAGAGGAUUUGGUGUCACUGGGUGGUGUUCAGACUAGGCUCAUCCAUCUGUCAGCAGGACACACACCAUAGCAUUGUCUUGAACUGUAGCAAUCCUGUCCUCAUCUCCCAGAGAGAAGAAAGGAAAUCCUUGAGACCAGAGGGAGCCAGGUCUUAUUCAUGUGCUUUAUGAGCCUCACUUGAGAAAGAGGGUCAAAAUCUCUUUAUUCUCAUUACAAUCUUAAGCCUGUCCUUGGGAUUCCUUGUAGAGGAGUGGGGAAGCAGGACCCUUCUCUCGGGGCUCAGUCCCCCCAAUCUGUCUUCACAGCAGCACUUGGGAUGGGUUAAUUUGGGUCCCAGAAGGUUAACUGGGCUGGUGGGAAGCUCUUCCCCUCCACAGUGUGCUGAACCUGGUGAGGAUCUUCAUGAACUGAUGUUUUCUUGCCUGGAAGUACGGGACCCAGACUUCCCCUCCUUGCCUGCAGAUGCUGAAGGCUGUAAGGUGUGCUGCUCUCAGGAGCACAGGUUGGGGAUCUUGCAAGCUGCUGCCAUUAGAUGUAUUCAUGUAUUUACCAAAUAAUCUAUCAAAAGUUUUUCAAGAAACUCUCCCCUUUCAGUCACUACUUGACAGUUCGUUCACCCAGCUAGUAGCAUUGCUCCAUGACAGCCCCUGCAGUAGGCUGGGAAAUGGCUCCUAACCCACUCCAUCUGCUUGUGCCAGUCCUGCCUGGGCUCCGCAGGCUGCAUGGGCAGUGCUACGGGGGGCUCAGUAGGUUGCUGGAGGGGAGACGGGAGGAGUGCAAUACCUACAGACUAACCUGCCUCUGGGCUGAAAGCAAGAGGCUUCAAAAUGCUACAAAUUCAGCCUUUCCCCCCCCCCCCCUCCAGAAGCAUGAUACCAUGCAUAGAGAGGCCAGGGGGAGCCUCAUCCCUUCUGCACCUUCAGAUGUUGCUCUUGGGUGCUGUGCUGGAGGAAUGUAGCUCUUGGGAGGAACCUGGGAGGUUGGGUUCAGGCUGUCUGACCUGACACCCAGCUGCCCUGGUACCACCUUGUUCAUGGGCUGGUGGGUUUAGCCUCAUUGGGACUUUCCAGCCAACGGAAAUCAAGCAUCUUGUUUAAGAUGGUUUCAGCAUCAUUGAUAGAGACUUUAUUCCUUCCCCUCAUUUUGGGGGGUCUCUAAAGCUGCUUAGCCACUGUGCAGGGAGCAUCUGAGCCCCACCUUUAUGGAGUAUCACAGUGAGUGAACUUUGCAAGCUGGAGCUGCACUUGGUCCCAAGAGAUGUGGGGGAACCCCGACCUUUUGCAGCAUGUUCAUUCCAAGCAUCAUCUUUUCCUCAAGCAUUUGGGCUUUUUGAGACAAUCCUUGUGCAGUUUUGUAACGCUGAACCUUUUGGAGCGAGCAGGUCUGGAUGCAGAGGGUUGGUCCUGUGAGAGAACGUGCAAAGGAGCAACUUUGUCAACGUGAGGAGACAGGAGGAACCUUCCUUUAGGGGGAUGCUGAUCUGAAAUGGAAACUGCCCCUUUCCAGGCUUGCACACAGUCUCUGCUCUAUGUCACCUACUGUCCGGUUAGCUCGGUCCUGGAGAGCUGCUCAGCCUCCACUUCCCAUGGAGGCUAAAAGGACCUUGGAGUUUAAAGCUUACUCUUAGCCCACCUCUCUGCACUGCACUGCACUGCAGCAUGAGAGCGUCGGGGAGCUCUGGAGCGUUUCCCAAGCGCUGUCAAUGCUGCCUUUGCAGGACGUGCAGUCAGAGGAGGGCAGGACUAGGUCUUGCCCACAGGAAAGAGGAUCGGCCCUUUUUUGCGGAAGACAACCGCCACCUGUCCUUGGUCUGAAUGUCCCUCCAGCUGUACUUCCAGCUCAUCUGGGACAUAAGUUGCCUGUACUUUUUCUGUCAGGGCUUUCUCUAGUGACCCAGCAGCAGCUCGCUGGCAGGUGCUGUCCCUGGUGUAACCCCCUGCUCUCUCCAUCGUUAAAAGGAAGCACCGCGUUUCUUUUACUCCUCCAAGAUUUGAGCAGAGCAGCCCUGCGAGACAGCCAGUUCCCAUGUAGCUCUGUUUGCCACCACUCCCCAUCAUCCCAGCUGGGACUCUUAGCUCUGUGGGACGUGCCCUGAGCAUUGUCUGGUGCUGAGGCUGCUGGCGAGCUUUUGGCUCAGGCUCUUGCCAAACUGCAGGUGGCUGCCGCCUGCCAGGUAUGGAUUUGGCAAGAGAAAACUGGCAUAUAUCUCUCUAUGCUCGCCAUCGAGCUCCUGUAAAGGCUCUGCCCUUCGCAGGCAGGUGUAGAGCAGAGGCGUGGGGCAAACCAAGGAGCUGGGAUAGAGAGCCCCAAAUGCUCACCCAAGGGAUCCAGCUUUUGGCUGCUGUUGCCUCUGCAGCGAGCAGCUCGGCCGCAUGUGCCACAAUUGCUCUUUGGGAAGUUUUUUAGUGAAGCCAGAGCGCUCGUAGGUCUUGGCACAGGGCUGGCACAGGCACAGCGGCAUUUGCAUGGGCUCCAUCACCCUGGGCCCUCCCUGGGCUCCCCCAGCCCGGCACAGCCCGGCAUUCCCCCUUCUCUCAUUCCCAUCAUCCUGCGCCAGCCCUUUCCAAAAAGGGCAAGGAGAAGGCCGUGGCUCAGGCGUACGGGAUCAUGUCUGAUUUUUCGUUCUGUUGAUGUCUACAUUAGACUUAAGUAUGUUCUAUUGGAUGUUCGUAUUUCCGCUCAUUUUCUGUGUCCGCUCUGUGCGUGCACCAUGUAACGAAUGUAUGUAAGUAGGGGGGUGUUGGGGGGCUGGCGGCCGAAAUGUGAUGCCAACCCGUGGGUGUUGUCACGUUUCUCUUCUUUUGGGCGGGGGGGGGGGGUUAAGUCAUGAGCGCUUUUGUUCUUUUUGUUCGUUGUUUUGAGGUUCCCCCCCCCUCCCUCUUCGGGGAGACCUUUUUCCAGAGAACUGUAAAUUGAUGCUAUCUGUCCUCGGCUCUGUGAUAAAGCAUACUGUAGUCUGUGCUGUGCUCA